AUGGAAAGCCUGUCCUCUGAGGGACCCCCUGGCCAUCCUCACCAGGAGGAAGCCGCUGCUUGCUGCCAGCUCACCGUGAGGGUCCUGGAGGCACGGAGGCUGCGCACGACUGACCUGUUGAGUGAGGCGGACCCAUAUGUGACCUUGCAGCUGCCAACUGCUCCUGGAAUGACGUUCAGGACCAACACAGUCACCAACUCCAGUCACCCCGUAUGGAAUGAGAGCUUCCAUUUCCUCAUCCAGAGUCAGGUCAAGAAUGUUCUGGAGCUGAGUGUCUAUGAUGAGAACGUAAUUACAAAGGAUGGCAUCUGCUUCAAGGUGUUCUAUGACAUCUCAGAGGUCCUCCCUGGCCAGCUGCUCCGGAAAACCUUCUCCCAGGUCCCCAGGUGGGGACAGGAAGAGCUAGAUGUGGAAUUUCUGCUGGAGAAAACGUCGGACCCUCCGGAGAAUCUCAUCACCAAUAAUGUCCUUGUGGCCCGGGAACUGUCACGGCUGGACGUCUUCGUGGACAGAGCAGAGAACUCCACCGUGGCUGCGGGUCAGGAUGAGCUGGAGCUGGUAUUGAAGGGAUCCUACGAGGACACACAGACGUCCGCCCUGGACACUGCCUCUUUCUUCAGCUUCCACUACCUGGCAGCCCAAUGCACAGAGCUGAGCGGGCACCUGAAGAGCUCCAGAGGCGAUCGUUGUAAUCCCGCCACGCCGGCUGGACGCCUCUCCGUGCCCCUGCGGCCGCUGGCCCUGGGGGAAAAGGUGACGCUGGACGUUCCUGGUGCAAAUGCCCCGGGAGUGAGGCUGCAGCUUAAGGCAGACAGCUGCCCGAAGGAGCUGGCGGUGCGGCUGGGCUGCGGGCUGUGCGCAGAGGAGCGCGCCUUCCUGAGGAGGAGGCGGCGGGUGGCGGCUGCGGCCCUGAAGCAGGCCCUGCAGCUGGACAGAGACCUGCGUGAGGACGAGGUCCCUGUUGUGGGUAUCGUGGCUGAAGGAGGAGGCGCCCGGGCCAUGACCGCGUUCUAUGGCCACCUGCUGGCCCUGAAGAAGUUGGGCCUCCUGGACUGUGUGACCUACCUGAGUGGCAUCUCUGGCUCUACAUGGACAAUGGCCCACCUGUACUGGGACCCGGAGUGGUCCCAGAAGGACCUCGAGGGGCCCGUCGGCCAUGCCCGAGAGCAUCUGGCCAAGAGCCAGCUUACAGCCUUCUCCCCAGAGCGCCUGGCGAGCUACCGCCGGGAGCUGGAGCUGCGGGCUAAGCAGGGGCACCCCACGACCAUCGUGGACCUGUGGGCGCUGGUGCUGGAGUCCAAGCUCCACGGCCAGGUGACUGAUUACAAGCUGUCAGGACAGCGAGCAGCUCUGGAGCGGGGACAGAACCCUCUGCCUCUCUACUUGAGCCUCAACGUCAAAGAGAACCAUCUAGAUACCCUCGACUUCAAGGAAUGGGUGGAGUUCUCCCCCUACGAGGUGGGGUUCCUGAAGUACGGGGCCUUCAUCCCCUCCGAGCUCUUCGGCUCCGAGUUCUUCAUGGGGCGGCUGAUGAGGAGGCUCCCCGAGUCCCGCAUCUGCUUUCUGGAAGCUAUCUGGAGCAACAUUUUCUCCUUGAACCUGCUGGACACCUGGUACGACCUCACCUGCUCUGGAGAGGACUGGAAGCAGUGCCUCCAGGACAAGAUCCAGAACGCAGAGAAGCAGCCCGCGGGCUCCUCGGGGGGCGCGUCGCAGGCGGAGGGCUCGUGGCUGCAGCCCGGCACGGCCCUGGCGCAGGCGUUCAGGGGCUUCCUGACCCGCAGGCCGCUGCACCAGCGCAGCGCCAACUUCCUCCGCGGCCUCCAGAUGCACCGGGACUACCGGGCGCACGAGGCCUUCUCCACCUGGGCAGACUGCCAGCUCGAUGCCACCCCCAGCCAGCUGACCCCCCAGCAGCCUCAGCUCUGUCUGGUGGACUCUGGCUACUUCAUCAACAACAGCUACCCUGCCAUGUUCCGGCCAGGCCGCCAGCCCGACCUCAUCCUGUCUUUCAACUACUCCCUCGACUCACCCUUUCAGGCCCUGCAGCAGAUGGAGCUGUACUGCAGGGCCCAGGGGCUGCCCUUCCCCCGGCUGGAGCUCAGCCCCGAGGACCAGCGCCAGCCCGGGGAGUGCCACCUCUUCUCUGACCCUGCCUGCCCCCAGGCGCCCGUCCUGCUGCACUUCCCACUGGUCAACGCCUCCUUCAGGGACUUCUCGGCCCCCGGCGUCCAGCGCAGCCCCGAGGAGCUGGAGGCUGGCCGAGUGGACCUCAGCCCAGCCACGUCCCCCUACGCCCUGUUCAACAUGACCUACAAGGAGGCCGACUUCGACCGCCUGCUGAGCCUCAGCGACUACAAUGUGCGCAACAGCCAGGCCACCAUCCUGCAGGCCCUGAGGACGGUCCUGAAGCGCAGGGCCCCAGAGGCCCGGCCAUCGGGGGUGCAGACAUGA